AUGUCCAACCAACCAACCCUCCCAGAAACAAACCCCUCCCCAUCAACAAUGGACAUCGACCCCCCUCCCACAAACCACUCCACCAAAAAAUCAAAAAAAUCAAAAAAACGCACCGCCUCUUCAGAUUCCGAUCCCGAUUCCUCCUCCUCCUCCUCAGACACAGAAAAAGACCUAAUAAACAUCGACUUCGAAUUCUUCGACCCUUUACCCCACGAUUUCCACGGCAUAAAACUCCUAUUACGUCAAUUAUUCGACGCAGAUUCCCAACUCCUCGAUCUAUCCGCCCUAACGGAUUUAAUCUUAGAUCAAAAACUUGUCGGAUCUACUGUGAAAGUCGAUGGGAGGGAAGGGGAUCCUUAUUCGUUUUUGAGUGUGGUUAAUUUGGGGUUGCAUUUUGAUACUCCGGCUGUUAAAUCUUUGGUUACUUAUCUUCAUUCGCAGAGUACAUCGACACCAUUACAUGAGCUUUUAACGCCACUAUUCACUCCAAAAGAAGAUGGAAAAGAACAGGAAGAAACUAGAUUAGCUAUAAUCCUUUCCGAAAGGUUAAUAAACAUGCCACCGGACGUUUCUCCUCCAUCUUAUAAAAUGUUAUUGGAAGAAAUAAGCUACGCUGUUGAGGAUAACGAACCAUACAACUUCACCCACUACCUCCUCCUCUCAAAAGUCUACACAGAAAUCGAAUCCUCACUACCUCAAUCCUCCUCCCCGCCACCGUCAUCAAAACGUCUAAAACACUCUUCUUCUUCUAAAAAAUCAAAAUCAAAGUCGAAAAAUAACAAUAACAAGGGUUUAAUAUUCAAUUUCCAUCCGGAAGAUGAUGUAUUCUUGAACAACUCGAUAGGAGAGUUGACGUAUAAAUAUAAACACGAGCCACCAGAGGAAAGUGCGGAUUCUAAGAGGGCGUUUCAGGAUGUCGGGAUUUUACCGAGAGGGAGGAUGGUGUUGAUGACUAAAGAGGGGUUUGAGAAGGCGGUGGAGGGGUUGUAA